GAUGCGCUGGCUCCCAGAGCCUGCCCUUUCUCCAUUUCCAUUAGUAUUAAAUCCCCGUGCAUUUGGUCGCAAAGCCUAAGAAUCUAGGCAACGACGUGUUUUCUUGCCACCAUUCCUCGGGAAGCGCGAGUGGCAGUUUUGCUGGGUGAACUCUGGGCGCCCCAAUUUUAGUGACCCACCCCACCUGGUCUCCGAAAACAGCGUCUGACCAUACACUGCCACGCAGGAGGCAAUCAAUAGAUGUCUUUCUAAGGAAUGUUGGAGCCCUUUAAAGGGAGCGCCAAAGGGGCCGUGUUCGAAUGGAGGUUUGGUUAAUACGUUGCUUCCCCAACAAUCUCAAUCCGCUGAUAACCCAAAACUCGAGUUCGUACAUAGGUCGCCCCGGGAUCGCAGCCGUGGCCGUAAUUCCUGUCAGAGCCUCCCUGCCCGUUUCAAGUGCAGGAGAAGCGAGCUGGCGGUGGGACGCAAGGGCGUGUGCCGGUGGGCCUGUCCCGGCACCCUGGGUCACCCUUGGUCGUUGGGACACUCCCUCGGGCGUCUUUCCGGAACAUUAUUUGGGGAAGGGCAGGUCCAUCACGUGAAUGACUAAAAGUUGUUACCUUUUGGAAGAAAUGGGGCAAAGCAGGACUGGCUUUUGGAUGUGGGCUAGAAACUACAAAACCGAGCUUCUUGGGAAUUGCCUUUUGGUCUAACAGGAAGUGGCGCCUCAGAAAAGGGAAGGGGGGCCACCGGGUACUGCCCCCUGCUUCAGGCGCUCACUUUGCGGGAGGCGAUUUUUCCCGGUUAUUCGUCCAGAGAAGGAGGCAGGGUGGAUGCACGCUGCUGGGUUUAGAAAAAAACAAUAACAAAAAACAAAAGAAGUGAGCAGGCGAGACGCCCCUUCCGUUUUAUGAUACCUUAGCUGCAAGCAAAUAAAUCGGCUGCCCCGCUGCAGUCUCUGCCCUGGAGUGUCAAGAGAGCCUGUUCCUAUCAAUUACUGAAGCCAUAAGGAAACUUUUUUAAAGUCAGAACUAUCAUAAUGAGGUGUUGCCACAUCUUCAAACUUCCUGGCAGAGUGAUGGGGAUUCGAGUGCUUCGCUUCUCUUUGGUGGUCGUCCUUGUGUUACUACUGGUAGCUGGGGCUUUGACCACUUUCCUUCCUAAUGUCAAAGAAGACAAGAUGCCUACAUCACGCAGGGAAAUAAAACCCCAGAGCAAGUCCACCCUGGAUUCCUUUACUCUCAUCAUGCAGACAUACAACAGAACAGAUCUCUUACUGAGACUUUUAAAUCAUUAUCAGGCAAUACCACAUCUGCACAAAGUGAUUGUGGUGUGGAACAAUGUCGAGGAGAAGGGACCGGAGGAGUUAUGGAAUUCUCUCGGGCCUCACCCUGUCCCUGUGAUCUUCAAACUGCAGACAAAAAACAGGAUGAGAAAUCGGCUCCAGGUCUUUCCUGAGCUGGAGACCAGUGCAGUGUUGAUGGUAGACGAUGACAUGCUAAUUAGCGCCCAGGACCUUGUUUUUGCUUUCUCGGUUUGGCAGCAAUUUCCCGAUCAGAUUGUAGGAUUUGUUCCUAGAAAGCAUGUCUUGACUUCAUCAGGUAUCUACAGUUAUGGAGGUUUUGAACUGCAGACACCAGGCUUUGGAGAUGGUGACCAGUACUCUGUGGUGCUGAUUGGAGCCUCAUUCUUCAAUAGCAAAUACCUUGAACUCUUUCAGAGGCAGCCUGCAGCUGUCCAUGCUUUGAUAGAUGAAACGCAAAACUGUGAUGAUAUUGCCAUGAACUUUAUCAUUGCCAAGCACACUGGGAAGACUUCAGGGAUAUUUGUGAAACCCAUAAACAUGGGCAAUUUAGAAAAAGAAACCAGCGGUGGCCAUUCUGGAAUGUGGCAUCGAGCUGAGCACUUUCUGCAGAGGUCUUACUGUAUCAAUAAGCUUGUUAACAUCUAUGACGGCAUGCCCUUAAAGUACUCCAACAUAAUGAUCUCUCAGUUUGGUUUUCCAUAUGCCAAUCACAAAAGUAAAAUGUGAACGUCAAACAAACUAAAACAAACUUCAAAACUGCUUAGUAUUUGAGUAGCUUCUCCAUGCCAUGGUUGGUUGGUUUAUUUUUUUAAGCAACAUCAUGAUCUUUUAUCAACUCCAGAAGUACCUAGAAGGGAAAAAAAUUGUACAGCACUUCUAGGAUAUAAACUUCAUAUGAACUUCAAAAACCAAGAAGCUAAUAUUAUCCAGGUAGGUCUUGUGAAGAGUCUUCAUCCAUGGAUAUAACUCCUAGGUCAGCAACUUUAUCAUUUACAUUCUAAGACUUCUCGACAAUUUCUUUGACUGCUGGCAUUUGCCUUAAGGACCCACAGCAAGCUGUUUCCUGAAACAGAAACUCCAGAGAAGCAUUUCUCAGCUUUCAUUUGAAGCCUAAACUGUCUCUUUAGCAAAAGCCUGUGAUGUAAGGAAAAGCCAUGUGAGGAGAGGCUAGUCUCACUCAUAAAAACAAGUGGAAAAUUCGUGACUAUCAGUGCUUCCAUGGGGGUCCUCCCAUCCAGCCCUUUCCAGGACUGAUGCAGCCCAGCAUGGUUUUGCUGCAACCAUCAGUGCUUUUAUUUUUGUUGAUAAGUCUGUUCUGACUGGGAGAAUUAAUUUUAGUAGCUGAAAAAUGCGUAGUUUGCUUGAUUUUCAUGAACAUUUACUGCAUGGACCACCAAAAAAGUACAGCCAAUGUUUCUAAAUGCAGCUUAUAUGCAGCAAGAAGUAAAUGUUUUGCUAGAUUUGGGUAGUGCAUUUUGUCACUGAAUCUGACCUUUGAGAUUGUACAUUCUUAUGUUUUACAUAAAGUAUGUGUUGUUUAAGAAACAUGUAUAAAAUAACUUCUGAAAGAAUGAUUAGUUAAAACUCUCAGCAUCAAAAGAUCUUUAUUGUUUGGGCAUAGGUUAUCUCAUGGAUACUAAAGAGUUGCGUGUAUCAUACACGUAGUCAGUGUCUUUCAAAAAAGAUCUAAGGCACUAUUCAUCAUCAGGAAAUUUUGAUUACAUAGAUACAGGAAAAAAUAGGAGACUGAGUCAUAGGAGGGGAAUUCUAUAGGGAAUCUGCGUCAGUUAAUUGGUAAGUUGCCCUCUCUCUGUUAUAUGACUUAGUAUCUGUUUCUCACACGGUGUUUGUAUUUGGUCUUGUUCACUGCGGGUAGCAAGCAGUACUUAAUUAGGCUUGUCUUUUACUUUCUCGUCGUCAUCGUCCUUCUGCUCCUUCUCUUACACCUCAUCUUUCUUUUCCUCCCAUAAUACCAUUAUAUUCUCACAACUGCAAAGCUCUGGGAAUAUUAUAAUAAUCAUGGUUUAUGUUCCAACAGGAAGGUCUCUGCAAACAGUUCCAUAUAUGUUGUUUCUUUCCAUUGGCAUGUGUGUGUGACUUAAUGCAGUCAGAUAAAACCAACAGAAUGCAGAACCUCACAAAAAAUCUAUAAUGUUAAUUAUCUGCUUUGUCCGCCCUUGGUAGUGAUUUUUUUGCCCUUUGGGAUUCCAUUGGCAGAUAAAUAAAAUAAAAUAAACUUUUACCAUCCUGGUGUUCCAUGUUAAUUAAGCAGAA